AUCAUUUCUUUAUAUACAAUUAUUAAUAUAACAUAUUAAUGUAUGUAGAGACCACUUGCACGUACAGAAAGCGAUAAUUAAUCGAAGAAUAUUUCCAAUUCCAAGUUAAACGUAAUCCGUUUUAUGAUAAUGCUUCCUUUUCUUCAGACCUCACAUAUCUCGAGACGCGCGCAGUCGCGUAUUCAUUUUUUCAUACUGAUGAAAAAGUUGAUAAUACUUAAAGCCACUAAAGGAACACUUGAAAGUGUUAGAGAAAAAAAUGCACGUAGGCGUCCCCGUGGAGGCGUUUUCGUCACGACCCGAUACACCGUGAGGAGAAAGGAAAAGAUAUGAUACUUCGAUCAGACGCCUCUCGCAUCCCGCCGGUCGUGAAGCUAAAGUGUCAGGCCGGAUCUCGUUGAAAAGAGUCGAUCGACCGCCGUCGAACGCGAUCGCGAUCGUGGACCGAGCGAUCUCUCUUGUCGGGAACUCUCUUGCGAGAGUUUACCUUCUCGUGAAAAACGACGUUCGCCCCGCAACGUCGCCGUGGUGCGAACAAAUCGUCGCUUCUUCGCAGUCAGUUUUCAUUCAAGGUGUCUAUGAACAAUGCCGGAUGACGCUAAGGCACUUGUUGCCUUACUGACGAUCACAACGUGAGCGGUCAGUCGUGAUCCGCGGAUCAUCGGGGAGAUAAUGAUUACAGAACAGACCUGGAGCAUGAUGCUGGACAGCGAUGUCACGAGCAUCAACGAGUCGAGCAUUUCGCCGAGGAAACAGUUAUGGAUCAAGGCGGUGAAGAAAUUGACCUCCGAGAGGCUAGGUCGGGAGGGACUGGCGGCGUGGGAAGACCGGAAGUCCAACACGGAUCCCGAAGUCGCCGCCGAAGAGAAGGAUGUCGGUCAGGCGCCCGCCGAAAAUGAUGAGAAAGCGGAACCGGAAGCUGCCGCCGAAGCAGAACAGCCCGUGGCCGACGAGGAAGCGCAAACCCAACACGAUGUCUUCAAAAAAGGGAUGCUGUACAAAGGAAUAUUCCUGCCCUCGUUGACCAACAGCUUUCAUAGCAAGCAACUGGAGACGUCCUACCUUCUCUAUUCGAAUCGGCAAAGACAGAAGUCUUUGAUAAUGCUGAACAUCGUGGAUCUCGGCCUGAAGAUCACAUUAACGGCGAUCUGGCUCUGGCAACGGGACCCGAAUGGUGGAGGACUCAUCGAGGGGUUAUCGUGGGCCGCGUGUUGCAUGGCGGCGAAUCUGGUAGUCUGCGUGCUCGGCUGGUGGCGUUGCUUUUCUAAUAAUUACCUGUACUGGGCCUCGAUAUUCACUUGGUUAUUAAUAAAUUCUCAAGGUUUCAUAGGUGCCGGUCUGAACUUCACCACGCAGCAACGGCUGAUGUGGUACAUACUCUUCAUCGUAUAUGCGCCCUACGCGAUGCUGCCUCUGCCGUUGCGAUGGUGCGUCCUCGCCGGCUACGGAACGGCGCUAACACACAUGGUGAUGGCCGGCAUAAGCCUCCUGCAGGACUCGACAUACCUGCAGGACGCCGGGUGCAUCAUCCGCAUGUUGACGACGAACGUGCUGCUGUAUCUGGCCGUGAACCUGGCCGGUAUGUACACCAAGUACCUGACGGACCGAGGACAACGGCAGGCCUUCUUGGAGACUCAUCGUUCCACGGAGACGCGACAACGCACGCAGAACGAAAACAAUCGCCAAGAAAAACUGCUGCUCUCAGUGCUGCCCGACUUUGUCGCCAAGGAAAUGAUCCGCGACAUCGCCCGCGAGACGGCACGUGGCGGGACGAUAUCCUUCACGCCCAAUCAGUUCCACCGGAUAUACAUCCACCGAUAUGAGAACGUCAGCAUUCUGUUCGCCGACAUCAAAGGAUUCACCGCUCUGGCCAGUCAGUGCAGCGCCCAGGAGCUGGUGAAGGUCCUAAACGACCUCUUCGCCCGCUUCGACAAGCUCUCGGCGGAAAAUCACUGUCUGCGCAUAAAGCUCCUUGGCGACUGUUACUACUGCAUCUCAGGCCUGCCGAUUGCCAGAAGUGAUCACGCCCAUUGUUGUGUCGAGAUGGGCCUGCACAUGAUAAAGGCUAUACGAGACGUUAGAUACACCACGAAGGUGGAUUUGAACAUGAGGAUAGGAAUUCACAGCGGAUCGGUGCUGUGCGGAGUCUUGGGUCUGCGGAAGUGGCAGUUUGACGUGUGGUCGUACGACGUAACGCUUGCGAAUCAUCUCGAGAGCGGAGGAAUACCGGGGAGAGUGCAUAUUUCCGCCGACACGCUCAAAUGCUUGAACGAUGUUUACGAGGUGGAACCCGGCUAUGGUAGUGAACGAGACAAUUAUCUGAAAGAUAGAAAUGUCGUAACGUAUCUGAUCAAGCAGCUGGAACCCCUCAAAUCCAGACGAAGACAAUCGUCUAAACCGAAGGUCUGGACGGAGGAAGAGUUGGCCGCGAACAAGAACAAGAAGAGCUUUAAAGUGAACAAUCCACAUGCCGUGAACAGUAAUGCGACCCCGAAUUCCGUGGACGAUGACAUCGGGGUUGACUGGACACCUGAAAUUCCGUUCGAAAAUUUGAAUACAGCUACGUCAGUAAGUAACUUAGAAUCCGAGUACUUGGAGGAGGAGAACGGUCAACCGGCAAAACCAAGCAACAAGGCAGCCUCGAUGACAGCCGGCGAGAAGAAAGGCGCCAUCGAGACCGCCAGCAACAAACGUAUGAGAUUGGCGAACAUAAACACAUGGACCUUACGUUAUAACGAUGAGAGUUUGGAAUCCAAGUUCGACCAAUUACGAGAGGAUAUGUUUAAAUCCAACAUGAUAUGCUGCUUUGUUAUAUGGCUCUUUAUAGCCGUCUGUCAAGCCAUAAUCUUGUCCGAUUGCAUGAUUCUUCUGAUUUCGUUGCUGGUGACCACGGUAAUCCUGGUGGCAUCGUCAAUUCUAGUAAUGGCGGAAGAAUUCAAAAGUAUGCCGACGUACCUGCAGCAUACGUCGUCUAUGCUGGUGCAUAACAAAAAGCAUCGUACUAUCUUCAUUUGCGGUGUUAUUAGCCUGAUGACAUUGACGUCCAUUAUCGGCGUGCUGACAUGUCCUAUCACGGUACGCCCUUACCAAGAAGUAAUGGUGCUCGAACGCCAACAACAGCAGAUACCGACGACAAUCGCGGCGGAACCGCUACCGGCACAAGAGAAGUUGACAGCGACCACCUCGACAUCGAGUUUGGAUCACUUCGUCCUUACGUUCCUAGAAGCUGCCCUAAGCGACGAGUCUGCUGAGAGACAAAAACUCGUAUCCUCGACGGAGAACAACACUAUAGAAAAGGGCUCAAGCAAUAUAGAGUUGAAGCUAACGCGAGUAGUAGAUAAUAGAGCGCCCGGAAGAAGCAGAAGGGAGUUCUUCAGAUUCUACAGAUACGAGCAGCAUUAUGGCAAGUUAGAGGCCGGAAGACAUUACAGACGAAUCGCGCGCAAACGCGAUGCCGAAGGAGGUUUCCAAAGAAAGAUCCUCUCCGUGGCCGAGGAGAAAGAUCAAGUCCGUCUAAAGCGGUUGACUCUAGAAAAUCCCGACGAACUCGAGCAGACCGCCUGUAUUCGGCCCGAAUAUAUAGUGUUCACGUGGAUUCUGUGUUUGAUCGCGCUCGCUUCAGCUCUGAAGUUAUAUUACCUGGUGAAAACUGCGCUGGCCGCAGCGAUCGUCCUGGUGUACGCAGUGCUGAUCCUUGUCGUGUGCAAGGACAUGUUCACCGACAGAGAAAGAAACGCAUCGGCGAUAUCUUUACCGGCGCAGAUGCUGACCUUUCUGACAGUCUUCCUCGUGAUGGUAACAUACCACGGCAGACUGGUGGAAGUGACGUCGCGUCUGGAUUUCCUGUGGAAACAGCAAGCUGAGAGAGAGCUAAGCGACAUGAUUGAGUCGCGGCAUAAUAAUAUGCAGCUCUUGAAGAACAUCCUGCCGGACCACGUGGCGCAUCACUUCCUCACGGCGGAUCGUGCGCCGGAAGAACUCUACUCGCAAUCCCGAGACAAGGUCGGUGUGAUGUUCGCCAGCGUGCCGAACUUUACAGAAUUCUAUUCGGAAGACGUAAACAAGGGAAUGGAGUGUAUUCGUCUACUUAACGAGAUCAUCGCUGAUUUCGACGAACUGCUGGACGAAACGCCGUUUCAUUGCAUUGAGAAGAUAAAGACGGUUGGCGCCACUUAUAUGGCUGCGUCGGGUCUGAAUCCUAGCCAAACCCAGAAUACCGGCGACGACAUGGAGCACCUGUGCAGACUGGUGGAUUACGCGGUGGCCAUGCGCCAUCGCCUCGAAGAUGUGAACGUUCACUCGUUCAAUAACUUCGAUCUGAGAGUGGGCAUCAGCUGCGGGCCCCUCGUGGGCGGCGUGAUCGGGGCCCGAAAGCCGGUCUUCGACAUAUGGGGCAAUACCGUGAACGAAGCUUCCAGGAUGGACUCCACCGGGGUGAUGGGCAAGAUACAAGUGCCGCACGAUAUUGCCAGGUUUCUGGAAUCGAGGGGCUACCAGACGCAGAAACGCGGACUAAUCGAGGUGAAGGGGAAAGGCACAAUGGAGACGUACUUCGUGCUGGGCAAAAGUACCGUACAGCAGGAAGGCACUCCCAGACACAGGAGCACAUGCCGCAGUCUCGCCGCGGUGGUCUACGGCGUGGUCCAGGCACGUCGUAAACAAAUCCGAAAGCAGGCGAUGCGAAGAACGUAGAUUGAAAAUCUCCGAGAAUAAUCCUCCGUGUAUAGCUUCGCCGAUACUGCCAGAUUGGUGCGGAAAGUCUCAUCGAACAACAGUUGAGAACGAAUUUGCUCAGCUUUGCUCAGCUGUGAUCGAAUUGUUCCGCAAUGCAUGUUCCGCAUUCCAUUUGAGAAUUCGAAUAAUUCUUUUUUUAAAAAAACAAUAUAUUGAAAGG